AUGGACCCCCCAGCUCGCCCACCCAGAAGCGCCCUGCUUGCCGCGCUGAGGAAUAAUGGCACCACGGAGGAGCUCCGGGGUAUCGGGUAUGAUGUGGACCUGCAGGGCAAUUGGUUAGCCGACUCGUUGAUCUUCACCGCGGAUCGGCUCGAGGGCAGCCUCGAUAACCUCCCGCUGGGCCCCCGACAGAUCCUCGAACGUCACGCCGCCGCUUUCAUGUCCAAUGCCCCUGCUAGGCCCUCCUACGUCCCUGCCAGAUCGAUCUCGAGACCACCUAGUUUGAAUAGGCCUUCCACCACCAGCACCUGGGGCCGCCCCUAUCCAGACCCCCACUUGCUGCCAAGGCCAGGAACUGACGCCUGGUAUGAGUAUAAGUUCGGUCGUACCGCCAGGCCUCCCCCGGCGCCUACUCCCGCGCCUAUUCCCUCGUCCAUGACGACCAUGCCCUUUGCAGACUCGUCCCCGGCUCCGACUGCCGCCGUACCUCGUGCUGGCUUGCCUGCCAGCCUCAUCAUGUCGCCGGAAUCUGCAGACCCUUCGUCCUUUGUCUAUGUUGGCGAGGAAUACCGAGACGACAACAAGGACGACAGAGAAGACACUGAUGACGAAGAUGCGGAUGCAGAGGAUAAGGAUGAGGAUGAGGACGACGAGUCAUACCUGUCCACAAUGCCCGUUGCACACGGCCCCGCCCCCGCUCCUGCUCCCGCUACUGCCGGCUCGUAUCCGACUCCAGCUCCGGUCUCAGCUUUGCCAGUCAGUGGUCCUGCUGCUGUUGCUGGGUUUCCCGCCCUCCCUCCUCCGGCGACUUCAGCACCAGCCCCAGCACCAGCCCCGGCCUCUGCUGCCGCUGCCGCUUCCGGUCCCGCUGCCGCUGUUCCCGGUCCGGCUGCCGCUGGCUAUCCCGCCAUACCCCCUCCUCCGAACUUCCCCCCCAUCCCUGCCGGGUUCCAACUUCACAGUGCUCGGGGUCGCUACUUCCUAACCGGUCCCGACUGGACUGGCGGAGUGCCCAGCCCGCCUGCCCUGAACUUUCGGGGGAUAAGAUCACUCGAUGGGGAACCCAACGAGAACGGCGCUUGCCGUUUCUGCGCCUGUAGCAAGUGGCUGUGGUUCCCGGCCUUCUUCCAACGAGCCAACGAUCCCCAAGGCCUCAUGCACACGUGCACUCGUUGCGUGUGCCGAGAUAAGACAUCAAACCAGAAGGAUGUCGGUCAACAGGAGUGGGUGAAGCAGAGGAAUCAGUGGCUGGUGGUCAACCGGCCAAUCAUGUUCUGGUUGACCAGAACGGGUGUCUGA